GUGCCCUAAAAAGAACAAGACACUUUAGGGUCAAUCAUACAGUUUAGUAACAGAGUGUUAGUUGGUGUUUUACAAUGAGACACUUCCAUAUAAAGUUCAUGAAGCAUAAUUGUACAACUUUCUUUUUAAACAAGCCUAGCCAUCUGCUGUGCCAGCUGAGGACAACACCACUUUCCUUUUUUGCCAUGUGGGGAGACCUUGUGUUUCUAUUAACAAAAUAAGAUGACUACAUUUAUAGUACAUUUAAACAUUCAAACUUUAAAUUUAAAAGAGGCAUGCUUUCUUACUUUUGCUGUGUUUUGAUCACAUAUAAAGAUAAGCUCUCUGAAAACAAACGCCAUUUCAUUUGAAGUGACCUGAAUUUAUAUAUGUUUCUAUAUUCUCUUUCCCACCAUCAUGUCACCUCUUUGAGUCCAAUGCCAACGCUGAAGCACACAGUAGGGGGAGGGGGAAAUAAUCUGUUGGGAUUAGCCUCAUCAAUCAGCACACACACACACACACACACACACACACACACACACACACACACACACACACACACACACACACACACACACACACACACACACACUUACAGAUGGCUACUGUCUGCCAACAGUUGAACGUCAACAGGUAAGAAAUCAAACUUCUGCUAGAGAUCAUUUUUAUCAUGUGAGCAAAGCAUGUGUAGCGAAUAAGACAACAAAUUGUCAAGGAUGAUGUCCUGAUCGAUCGCCUGUUUUAAUUAGUUAGCUUUACAACCUACGCUUACAGUGAUAGGGAGUCAGUUUUUUUUAUUAUAAAUUACUGGCUUGAAAACUAAAUGGCUUGGUUAAAUCUAAUCAAGUGGCGUAAUUAAACAUUGGUGUGGCUCAUUUUGUGUCUUCACAUAAAAUUUAGUUUCAGUCUGUUGUGCUCCUGAAAUAUCCUGUAUGUGAAACAGAGUCAUCUAUUUCUGUUCUCUUCGUAUUAGUGUUAGCACUGAUAAGUAGUGUAUUCACAGAGCACAGCAGGCAGAGACCCAGUAGUCAGGAUUAUUGGUCUGAGAGCAUGUUGCAAGGAGUUUCAAAUUCUAAACCAUUUGUGUGGACAUAAUGGGUUUUUACAGGUAUACAUCUCAAUAAUUUAGAAUUUUACUAAAAAAUUAUAAAAAAAUUAUACAAAAAUAACGAUACUCGAUACCGCCACCUAGCACACCUAGGGGUAGCAUCGGCGACGCAUUUUUGGCUCCACCGCUACGAAAACUUUGUGCAACAUGGAUAAAACAAAAUAAGUCAAAUGAAAGCUAAGAUUCUAAAGAAUCGAACGCUGUGUGACAUGCCAUAGUACACAAUACAGGGCGCGAGAUAUAUGCCUAAAACAUCAGUAUUUAUCUGAAGGCUCCGAAUUUAGUUUCACUUCCGCUUCACAUUUGUCUAGGUAAAGUUCAAAAUAAUGGCGAAAUAAAUCGAUCUAAACAUGGCUGGCCUUCCCUAGAGCCAGUCUAAAGCGUAUUAUUGUCAGGACUCGACGUCCGGUAAUUUUCAACCUGUGACUUCUGUCGGCGUUUGUCUCAGUCUCAUUGGCUUGCCAGCUCUGUCCAUCACGCGUUGGCUGGUACAGCGUGAUUGGUUAAGCUCUAACGCUUCUAAAGAGUCCUCGUUGGCUGGAAUUCGAGUUCAUUGUGAAGAAUGACGUUCCUAGGCAACGGAGCUCAACCAGCUCAAACCUGGUCUCUGGCUCUAUCUGGUGGCUAUAUGAGGCAUUUAAGUUUUUAUUUUUAGGCGAAUUGCAGUAAUUUAAAUAUAAAAAUAUUUAGAGAUAAAACUUGUUUUGUUCACACUAAUCACUUUUAUAGGUAUUGAAAUGAAAUUAUUAUGUGUUUUACUUUUAGAAAAAUCAGAUCUUGCCUGAUUUUUGUUCUACUAAAGACCUUUGUAAUUUUAUUCUUCUUAGUGUUAUAAUAAUUAUUCCUUUGCUGAGAUAAUGUUAACACGCUGUGCUGCAAUCCUAUAAAGGUUUUAAGGAACUUUGGCCUCAGUUUACUGAAAUUGUAUGAUACUGUAGGUGCAUUUUUUCCAGGCGAAGCUAGAAUUUAUUUUUUAAUUUUUGUUGUUUUCCAAGUUCCAGUAACACAUAAACUAAUAUUUACAACUUAUAUCACAUCUAACAAAUGCCCCCUACAUUAUGACACCAACUGCAUUCAAAUAGCCCUUAUGGUUGCAGAGAUAUACUCUGUAUGGCAGCUAUACCCCCCUACCCCAACCCACCCCCUACGAUGCCAGAAAAUCGGUCUUAGGGCUUAUAAGUUAGUAUUAUUUAAGUAUUAUUUAUAUUUAUAUACAUACAUUUAUAUAAAUGUUAUUGACUAUGGCUCACAACUACUGUAACACAUUCUAAUUAGCUAAAUGGUGUGGUUCAGUAAAACUUCAUAGGAAAAGUUAUUGACUGGGCUCAUAAAAGGCUGGACCAAGCAUCUGCAGACAAAACUGGGUCAGCAACUCACUCAUCCUGGACAGAAGACAAAGUGCAGGGAAAAGUAGACAGAUGAACAAGACCACUGGGGUUGAAGCAGAAUGCAGAUGAGCAGUCAUAGGAUAGGGUUGAUGAUGUGGCACCUGUCUGUGAUUAACCAGUAGACAAACCUGGGGAGAUAAAAACUGAUUAGGAGAGUGAGGUGCUGGGAGAGAGAAAACCAGGCAUGGAUUCACCCAAACCAUGACCUGAACCACACAUUAAGCUGCUGACAUUACAUUGGGAAGCUAGAGUAUGUCAUUUGCUAUGUCUGUAUCGAUCUGCUGGUGUUAGUCCACUGUGUUAAUUACGUUCUCAGACAGCAGGGGUGUCUACCUGGAUGUUACUGCAUGUGUACCUCUGCUGACAAACUUCAGGGAGGAGGACUUUGCACCUGUCCACACUGUCAAAAGUACCAGUACCAGGUUUAAUGACCAUGGAAACACUGUUUGAUUGGCCAGUGAACACCCCUAACUUAAACCCAAGAGAUUGCCCUUGAGAUAUUUUCAAAAGAAAGAUGAGAGACACUAGAUCCAAGAAUGCAGAUGAGCUGAAGGCCUUAGUCGAAGCCACCUGGGUGUUCAUAACCCCUCAGCAUUACCACAGGCUGAUCGCCUCAAUUCCACAUCAUGCAUAGAUUCAAUUCAAAGGAGCCCCAACCAAGUAUUGAAUGCAUAUACAUGUUUUUCAGCCAACAUCUCCAAAAAUACUUUUUUUAUUGGUCUUGUGUAAUAUUUUAAUUUUCUAAGAUAAUGGAUUUAGGGUUUUCGUUAGCUAUAAGCCAUAAUCAUCAGAUUUAAAAAACAAAUGGUGAUAUGAUGGUAUGAUAUGCAAAUUUUUUCAGAUGCACCUGAAAAAUAAUAACAUAUGUCUUAUGUACGAUGAUAACAUGAUGUUCUAAGACAUUUUGUUUAUGUUAUAUUUGUUUAUCUAAUUAGUGUUUUGUUGAUCUCUCCCUAUGACACCUACUGAUUAGUUGGUAGCAUAGUGUCACAUCAGGUUUUUCUGCCAUGGCAUCCUUGGAGGAGGAGCUGACCUGUUCAGGAUGCCGAGACAUUUUCAGCAAAGCUCACCCUCUGCCCUGUGGCCACAGCUUCUGCCCCACAUGCAUCCGUGAAGCCUGGAGUGGUCAGGGUGAGGUCAAAGAUCGCUUUAGCUGCACAGAGUGUCAAGUGGAGCACAGCAAAGUGUUAUGUGACUGCUGCACUCCCGAUGCCGAGAGUGGGCAGCUUCCAUUAGCUGUCAAAACCUGCCUGAAGUGUGAAGUGUCACUGUGUCCCCAACACCUCCAGCCCCAUUUGGAAAGGCCAGCAUUUAGUAGCCACCUGCUGGUGGACCCACUGGGGGACCUUUGCCAGCGAAAGUGUCCAACACACAGAGAAAUAUUCCGCUACUACUGUGCAGAUGAAAGGAUGUACGUGUGUGGUGACUGUCUACUAGAAGGAAAACAUGCUUUGCACAAAGUGAAAGCACUGAGACAAGUAGAAGAGGAUCUAAAGGUCAUUCUCCAGAUGCUGCUCAGAAAAGCAGAGGAGAAGAUGAAGAACGUAGAGCAAAUCCUUAAAGAGCAUGAGAACAUUGAUUUCACCACAGCUGAUUCCCUGAAAAAGGAUGACACCCAGGUGGAGCAGCUUGGCACAGACCUGCAGCUCCAGGUAAAGAAGCUGGUGGUGGCCCUGAGAGAGAUCACCAAGAGGGAAAGACAGCAGCUAAUUGAUCGUAUGCAUGAGGAUUGCUCCCGAGUGAGAGAUGAUAUGAACCAAACCCAGAACAUCCAACAAUACUUGACCUCACUGUUGGCAGAGACGGACCCCUUUCUACUAAUUUGGGCCUUUCAGUCAGAUGACACAAAGUUACUAGCUGACUUGAACAGCCCAAUCUACAGGCCUGAUGCCAUCAGUUUGGACAGGAAGCACAUCUUGGAGGACGUUGAGAGCAAGUAUCGAGAGUUCAUCACUGCUACUCUCUGCUGCCUCAGUGAGCUUAAAAGGGAGCUCUCCAGUCCCCUAACUCUGGACUCAAACACUGCCCAUCCUCUCCUGAGCAUCUCUGAUGACCUUCGCUCAGUGAUGCGUGUUAAAAAACGUCUUCCCUGCGCUGCUCACCCUGAACGCUUUGACCACUGGCCACAGGUUCUUACUGUCCAGACCUUUACCUCUGGGACUCAUUACUGGGAGAUGGAGGCUGAGGGAUUCUGGGAUAUAGGCCUCUGCUAUAGAAGCAUUGGACGGAAGGGAAAAGAAAACAAUGCUUUUGGAAACAACAAGGUCUCAUGGAGCCUGACACAGCAACAUGACAGGAAGCUGGCUAUUUGGCACAACCGCAGAAAGUGCCGGAUAAUGUACCAAAUGACUGGCAACCGAAUUGCAGUAGCUCUGGACUAUGAAGCAGGCACAAUUACCUUUUCUGAGGUGGGAACUUCCAACAGUCUGACGCAUCUCCACACAUUCUCCACUACGUUCUUUCAGCCUGUAUGCCUGGGCUUUGGACUCUAUAAACCUGAGCUCAACAGUCGCAUCUCUAUUGUCAAAGUCUGAGGAGAAAACAAAUGUAGAUCAGGAGGACCUAGUUUUAAGACAGUGUUUGUUUAUUUAUUGUCCACAAUUUAUUGUCACAAACAUCUAGAUGUAUCUCUAAAGACAAGAAAGAAUGGGCCACUGAUGAAUAUUAGUAAACUUUGAUUUCAGAUCAAGUGGUGCUCAAACCAACAGAACCAGACUAAUAUUUCACCCCUAAAUAAAUUCAACAUAAACAUAAAAAUUAUAUUGUUUCCCUUUAAUGAAGUUCUUUGUGCAUGUAUGUAAGAUUUAUCUUAUGUGCUUUAUGGUGCUUUUAAACAAUAGAGCAAUGUAAUGUUUUAUUAGUGUUUCUAAUACUUACUCAUACCUCAGAUAAGAAAUGUAUAAACCAGCCUUAUAACUGCUUUUGGGUAUGUUUUUAUUCAAAUGAUGGUACAUAAGCAACCUUGAUGCUUUUUGACACAGCUUACAAUAAGGAAGCGCCAAUUUGAUUUAAUAUAAAAGAAACAGGAAAACAAUUGCCGCUUACUUUCUGUUUUUACUUGAAAACAUCUUAGAUGCCCAAUUAUCUACUCACUUUCUUUACUCCGCUGUGAAGAUUUGUGGGCAGAUGAAAUAUAGAAGCUGAGAAAGAAGCAGACGGAAAUAGAGGUGGGAGAAAGAGAGAGAGAGAGAGAGAGAGAGAGAGAGAGAGAGAGAGAAAGAGAGGAAGAAACUAAGAGAUUAGCGCACAUUCUGGCUUUGUUGGGUUCAGACGGACUGCAGAGAUUAUGUGAUAGAGGAGUGACAGAACGAAGAUUUUUGAUCCUGUCAUAGUACUUCAGCUUGAGGAAAAAGCAUUUUACCUGAUAUGGAUGUGCAAACAGUUAUGUCUCUUCUGUCUUCUUAUUUCUUGCUGAAGAAAUCAACUGGACUGCACCAAGAGUUUUUUUGGUGACUCUCAUUCUGGCCCAACUGUAGCAUGGAGAGUUUUAGCAUUUGUGGGGAAAAGCAAAAUAUAUUUUGAAAGUUUUGUCUGGUUUUGACUUUGAGGCCCAUCUCCUGUCUGAGUGUUUUUUGCUUGCUCAAUGAAUGCAGAACAGUUCUAAUAUUAGUACUGAAUUGUUACCUGUCUUGACAGUCGCUUGAAAAAAAAUAAGGUUCCGCUAUACCAUGUUUAGUGCUACUACUACACACUAUACCUUAUAUUAUAGGAAGUG